UACGGUGGUGAUGGAUACGUCAGAUUACAAUAAUAAAAUACAAGACCUUUUAUCGGAUGAAAGUACAUAUAAACAAGUGAAGACCGACCCCACAACAAAAACAUUGAAAUCAACUAGUGAUUUGAUAAAAAAGUACUCCGAAACAUUGAAUCUAGACGUAAAAUACCUAGUUCCUAGCUGCGCAAAACCACCAAAGCUGUAUGGGCUACCGAAGAUACACAAACCUAAUGCUCCGCUACGACCAAUAGUCAGCCAAAUCGACUCACCAACCUACAGAUUGGCUCAACAUCUGGCUAAAGUACUUUCACCAUUGAGAGGAAACACAGCAGCAUAUGUAAAGGACUCGUACCAUUUUGUCAGUGAAAUAAAACACCUACAACUAGCUGACAAUGAAACUAUGGUCAGUUUUGAUGUUCAGUCAUUGUUUACAUGCUUACCUGUUGAAGACUGCAUCAAGAUUGUGUCUAAGAAACUAGCAGAGAAUAACAUGCCUACUGAAUAUGCUGAACUGUUAAAACAUUGCCUAACAUCUGGCUAUUUACUGUGGAAUAAUCACUUCUACACGCAAGUGGAUGGUGUAGCAAUGGGCUCCCCAGUAUCUCCCAUUGUUGCUGAUAUCUUCAUGGAGGAUUUUGAGGAGCGAGCCCUGCAAUCUGCACCCGUAACACCCAAAUUCUACAAGCGGUACGUAGAUGAUACUUUCACAAUACUACCAUCUGACAAAGUCACAGCAUUUUUAAAUCAUCUUAACUCCAUAAACCCCAAAAUUCAAUUCACUAUGGAGUCAGAGGCAAACAACUCCUUAGCUUUCUUAGAUGUUUUGGUUAUCCGUAACCCUAAUAACACCUUGAGUCACACUGUGUAUCGGAAGAAAACCCAUACAGACAAAUACCUUCAUGGUGAGUCCCACCACCACCCAACACAGUUAUCUACCGUUGGUAAAUCAUUGUUUCAGAGAGCACGUGGGAUCUGCGAUGAACAACACCUGGGUGCUGAGCUUCAACAUGUCAAGCAAGUACUGCACGACAACAAGCUCCGAGUACCGCGCCCUCGUCGCAGAACCCGCGUGAAACCAGCCACAGUUGAGCGUCUACCUGCUGUUCUUCCAUACAUAAGAGGAGUCACAGACAAGAUUGGCUACAUCUUGAAGCGAGCUUCAAUCAAAACCUACUUCAAGCCGCUGAAGAAGAUCAGUCAAUUCUUACCACCUGUCAAGUGUCACAUACCUCUACAAGAUGCGGGUGUAUACAAGCUUGAAUGUGAUUGUGGUCUCUCUUACAUAGGCCAAACUAAAAGAAGCAUAGGGACCCGCGUAAAAGAACACAUCGCCGAUGUCAAACACCGCCGUUCCAGACAGUCAGCAGUUUGUGAACACACACUAGACAAGGCCCAGCAUUACAUCAGAUUUGAUAAACCACAAGUCCUUGCAAGAGAAAACCGAUUCCUACCUAGGAUGAUUCGCGAGGCUAUUGAAAUUAAAAAACAUCCAAAUUUCAAUAGAGAAGAUGGCUGGUGCAUACCACCUGCUUGGAAUCCCAUCAUAGAAACUAUUAAAUCAAAAUCCAAGCCUACAACUGCUCGACCUAUGGAUACAGUGAGCUCGUAUGCGUUCAUAGUCUUCUUGGUGUGGGCACUCAUCGCCAUGGUGGUGUUGGCAGAAAGCGAAGGUCCAAAACUGGCGGAUCUGCUCAACACAGCCGAUGAUGACGUCUUACUGGCUGUGGAUUCUCAACAUGCACCAGAAAUGUGGAGGCACCCUUAUGGACACACCAUAAUGUAUUAA